AAGGGGCUUGUUAAAGCCUUUGAAGAACUCUGUAUGAAGAAACAAAAAAGAAAUGAAAUUAAAUCCUGCAACAAUAUUUGAAUGAUUAAGACUGUUAGAAGUAAAAGGAAAGAGUAUAAGGGGAUGCGUGCGCAUGGGAAGAGAACAGCAGCCCAAGAGAAGAGAAGCGGGGCGGGGGGAGCUUUCCCCAACCGCUUGUUCACGGAGCGAAGGAAGCUAAAAGUUGCGAAGGGCCCGAGGGCAAAAAAAACAAAAAAAAAACCCUUUCGUGUGAAAGUGAAUGGAGAACAGGUACAGGGACAGAUGCUGGGGACUAGCCAAUGGAGAUCCAGCUAGUAACAGUGAAGGAAGAGAUUGGAUCAGUUCUGCCCCCUGCGUGCCCCCUGUGCCAGGAAGACCUGCCAAGCCUUGCUGAGCCCCACGAGCAAAUCCCUCAAUGCCAGGCGUGCAGAAACCUCCUUUUAGAGCCUCAGAGCUGGUUGUCCAGCAGUAUUGAGGCUUUGGUGCUCCCCGCUGAGAGGCCUUACAGCUGCUCUUUCUGCCCCAAACGCUUCAAGAGGGCUUCAGACCGACGUGAUCACGAACGGGUGCAUACCGGUGAAAGGCCGUAUGAAUGUGGCAUCUGUGGCAAGCGCUUCACUCAGAGCUCAGUACUGUCUGGCCACAUGCGCAUUCACACUGGCGAACGGCCUUUCCACUGUAGUGUCUGCUUUAAAUCUUUCAACAAUGGCUCCAACUUCCGCAAGCACCAACGCAUUCAUGGCCCAUCAUCUGGGUACAGUGAAGAGAGAGUUGGUGGGAAGGACCGUGAUUCUUUGUCUGGAAAGAAACUAGAGCAAAUGGAAGAAGGAAAGGGUGGCAGAAAUCUAAGCCCUACCCUUCUGUCAAAGCAAGACGGCUGUCAGCCCAUCAAAGAGUUAAGAGAAGGUAAGAACAAGGCUGAUCAAAACCUCCAAGGGAGGCAAAGUUGCUUUUAUAGCACUAGGCUAAGCCAAGAAGACUACUGCACCAGCAGCCAAAGACAACCUGGUGAUAGCAGGGAUAUAUUCAAGAGGAUGAGAGUGCAACAGGAUGAUGCGAGUCUUGAUAUUAAUCUUGCUAUAAGGCAGGACAGCCGAGAUGGUCUUCAGGCAGAUGCUCUGAAGCAGGCAACUGAUAGCAAUGGGCAUACUGGGGAACUGGGCGGAAACAACUAUUGCAGCUACAGCCAAGAAGCCCUUCCCAAUGGCCACAGCUUCAAACAACUGCCAGAGGCAAGCGCUGAAAAUCUCACAGAAGGCUCAAGGCAGAACAGAGCAGUGGGGAGCCACAUUCAGGAAGAACAGAAGCAACUGGUCGACAGCUGCCCUGGUAAGUUACAGCUAGAGAGCGGCAGCAGCUGUGGGAAAGUCUUCUUGCCAGUUGGGGACAACAGGUGCUCUGCUCACAAGCCGAAUCAAGAGAGCUCUGAGAGGGGCUUCGGGGUAAGGAGGCCAAAUGGCCUCAGAGGGCUCAAGCAGAGCAGAGGGGGAAGUGGAGGUACAGAGAUAAGGCAGAACGGUAGAGGGGGAUGCGAUGCAGGGGGACUCAAUGAAAGCAAAACUUUAGUUUCAGAGCCAGAGGAAAACAAUAGCCAGGAAGCUUCUCUCGGUGGCCUUAGAGAAAGAGAGCUGACCCAGGAGAGUAGCAUCCAUGGGGACUUUCAAACAUGUGCCCCAGAAAAGUUGAAUGUUCUCAAAGUAGAACCUACUUGGCCCAAAGAUGACAUAGACUGGGAAGAUCCUGCCUCAGGAAUGGAUGACUCUGAAGGCCCUUCUCCCAGUCCGAAGGCUACAAGAUCACCUCAGCAAUUGGAGAAUCUUGAUCCAUGUUCCGUAUCUUGCAAUGCCUGUGGGCCUCAGAGAUGCCACUCUUUGCAGGACCAGCUUGGAAGCACUGCUCAGCAUAUGGAAGGUAAGGAGAGGCCCACUCCUUGUUUUCUUUUCCCAGCCCGUGAGCCCUCCGAUGGACACGCACCGUCUAUGCUUGAAUCCAAGCCGUUUCUCUGCUUUGCCUGCCCCAAACAGUUCCGUCGUGCCACAGACCUGAAAGAGCAUCUGCGAGUGCACACCGGCGAAAGGCCCUUUGGCUGCAGCGUCUGUGGCAAGCGGUUCACGCAGAGCUCAGCUUUAACUACUCACCGGAGACUGCACACUGGGGAGAAGCCCUUUGAAUGUGCGGUCUGUUGCCGCCGUUUCAAUAACUCCUCUAACUUUGCCAAGCAUCGUCGAAUACACGGGCCAGACAGCGCGGGGCAUAGGAAUAAAGCAGUGGAAAAAGAGCUCUGGAAGGUAAAACCACAUUGAUUUUGUUUUUCAGCAUGAAUUCCUACACUGAAAGGUAGAAUGAAAAACCAAGGAUGAGAUGUGCUAUUACAAUACCGAAUGCUGAUCUUUAGUAAACAAUUUUCCAGACAACUCAGUGCCUCCAGAUGUUUGAAAACUCCAUGUCUAUAAACACCAGCCAGCAUGUUCAUAGUGGGCAGUUGUGCCCCAAAUCAUUGGAAAGCACUACAUUGUCAGCUGGCACCUGGCAUUUCAUAAGCAGGUCAGUUGUACCCUGCUUUUCUUGACUUACUGCUUGAUAAUAGCAAACCAGACACCGGAGACUGCAAUCAAAUUCCAAUUUCUGAUUCCAGUGUGAAUAACCAUAGAAACUUAAAAUGUAAAGGCAGAAGGAAUGUGCAGAUCUGUAAUGCCCUUAAGUUUGAUAUCAGGCUUAAAUUGAGUCACAGGGAUCAGAACAGUUCCAGUUAAUGUUUGGCAUCAUCUAGAAAUCAAAAUCAUGUUCAGAUAGUUCUCCACUUAACAAUCACAAUUGGGACCAGAAUUUCUGUUCAGUAUCAUGCCCAACUUUUGCCACAGUUGUUAAGCAAAUCACUGUAGUUAAGGGAAUCUUGUGAUUUUAGACAAAUCUGACUUCAUUGACUUGUUUGGAAGUCAUCUGGGAAGGUUGCAAAUGGUGAUCACAUGAUCAUGAGGCACUGAGACCAUCAUAAAUGCAUGCCACUUUCCAAGUGGCUGAAUUUUGAUCACGUGACCAUAGGUUUGUUUACAAUGGUCAUAAAUGUGAGUACUGGUUGUAGAUCGCUUUUUCUGUGCUGUUGUAGCUUUGAACUGUUGCUAAACAAAUGGUUGUAAGUGGAGGAUUACCUGUUUAUGAAACCCAAGCCAAUGAACAGAAACCUUAAAGUUUGUACUAAUGCCUGUUGCAGUUUCUAAAGCGGGGCACAGAAUGGAAAGCAAGACCUGGUUAGAUUUGGGGACUCCCUAUGCCCUUCUUGCUAGCUCGAUGGACUGUGUGUUCAGCCAGUGUGGGUAACACAAGAUGCUGUGCAAAUUCACCCAACCUGGUUAAGUUAGUAAAUCAUGGUUUUGUUAACCAUAAACUAGCAUGCUAUUAUGAACAGAGCCAUGUUUUGGUCAGAUGUCUGCACUUUCCUCUUACAAGAAAAAAAUGUUAUCUACAAAUUUAAGGUACAGUACCUGGGAAGUGAAUAGUUGUGUUUAAUUUCUAAACUUACUGCCCUGGGCACAAGUCCCAUGGAAUUAAACUGGCCUUAAUUCUGACUUUAUAUUUUACGUUGGCAUGGAAUAUAAUUUUGCAACACAUGUAGCUUUUACAACUAACUCAUUUUAAUUAUGACUAUUUUCAACUAGGUAUAAAAUUAUUUUAAAAAUAUAUGCCGCAAAAGAUUUAAUAAAAUUUUUACAUUAUG